GUGCGAGCCUGAGUUGGAGUGAGAGUGCACGCGUGUAGUGCUCGAGCUGUGGAGAGGGAGAGGGAGCCGGAUCGGAUCGGAUCGGAUCGACAUAGAAACCGGGUGGGGAGAGAGAGGCGAGCGAGUGGAGUCGAGAGCCCCGCCACUAUGUACUAUUCGGACACAGAUGCCAUGAGUGGACGGAUGCGAGCGAAGAAAAGGCCAGCUAUUUUUGAAGCAUCAGUGGAUAACAAUCCUCCCCUGAGAUCAUCAGGAAGACAGGUCAAAAAGAAAACUUUUGAAACUGAGGAAGAGGAAGAAGGUUGUGAAAAGAAAUAUAGGAAGUGUGAAAAAGCUGGCUGUAGUGCAGCAUAUCCUGUUUGUUUUGCAAGUGCUGCAGAGAGGUGUGCUAAAAAUGGUUACACAUCACGCUGGUACCAUUUAUCUUGUGGAGAACAUUUCUGCAAUGAAUGCUUUGAUCAUUGUUACCGAAGCCACAAAGAUGGAUAUGAGAAAUAUGCAACUUGGAAAAGAAUUUGGACCAGUAAUGGCAAAAGUGAACCUAGCCUGAAAGCCUUUAUGUCAGAUCAACUGGUUCCUUAUUGGGUACAAUGUACAAAGCAGGAUUGUGCAAAAUGGCGUCAGCUAACAAGAGACGUCCAGAUGACCACAGCAUCAGCAAAAACAUACCGUUGUGGCAUGAAAACUCACACUGCUGUCAAGAGUGAAAAUUCAGACCCUUGCUCUCUGUCAGAAGACAUGCGAGUGAGUGAAGUUGGAGAUAGUAAGUGGUAUUCCAUGCUGAUUGUGCCCCCGCUGCUGAAGGACAGCCCAGCUGCCCCCUUUCUUGGUGCUUACUACCCAGACUGUGUAGGCAUGAGUCCGUCCUGCAGCAACACUAACCGUUUCCACAAUGAGUUCUCUAGUAUGAAGAUGACUUCGUUGGAGCACAGCAAAAAUAAUGUGCAGUCACCUGUUGCAGGAAUGAGUCCUUACUUCCAACCUUUCUAUCAGCCCAAUGAGUGUGGGAAGGCCCUGUGUGUGAGACCAGAUGUGAUGGAACUGGAUGAGUUGUAUGAGUUCCCUGAAUAUUCCCGGGAUCCUACCAUGUACUUAGCGUUGAGAAAUCUAAUUUUGGCUCUUUGGAAUAUUAACUGCAAAGAGGUUCUCACCCCUCAAAAGUGUGCAAACCACAUAGUUGUUAGAGGGCUUGUUCGUAUUCGCUGUGUACUGGAAGUGGAGAAGAUCUUGUAUUUUAUGACGAGGAAAGGCUUGGUCAAUACUGGCAUCUUGACUGUUAAUCCAGAUCAUCCCCUCCUGCCCAGUUAUUACCACAAGAAAAAUGUUAUUGUUAUUGGCGCUGGUGCAGCAGGCUUAGCAGCUGCACGACAGCUGCAAAAUUUUGGAAUUAAGGUGAUGGUGUUGGAAGCCAGAGACCGGAUAGGUGGACGUGUUUGGGAUGACCACUCUCUUGGCGUGACUGUGGGAAAAGGAGCACAGAUUGUUAAUGGCUGCAUUAACAACCCUAUAGCACUAAUGUGUGAGCAACUUGGAAGUAAGAUGCACAAGUUGGGGGAUAAGUGUGAUCUUAUAGAAGAAGGUGGAAGGGUGGCUGACUCCACCAUUGACAAAUGCAUUGACUUCCAUUUCAAUGCCAUGCUGGAUGUCGUGGCAGAAUGGAGGAAGGACAAGAAACAAUUCCAAGAUGUUCCUCUUGGAGAAAAGAUUGAGGAGAUCUACCAAACUUUUAUCCAAGAAUCUGGAGUCCAGUUCAGUGAACUAGAAGCUAAAGUGCUACAAUUUCAUCUUGGCAAUCUUGAAUAUGCUUGUGGUAGCAAUCUGCAGCAGGUAUCUGCUCGCUCCUGGGACCACAAUGAAUUUUUUGCCCAGUUUGCAGGUGACCAUACACUUUUCACAUCAGGUUAUUCUGCUAUCAUCAAUAAACUCGGUGAUGGUCUGGACAUACGACUUAACACUGCUGUACAAACUAUUCAUUACUCAGGAGAUGAUAUCCGCAUUGGAACAGCUAAUGGAAUGUUGUGGACAACUCAGAAGGUUUUGAUUACUGCUCCUCUAGCCCUCCUUCAGAAAAACACCAUUCAGUUUUAUCCACCUCUAUCUGAAAGGAAACUUAAGGCCAUCAACAGUCUAGGCCAAGGGGUGAUUGAAAAGAUUGCCUUACAGUUUCCAUAUAAGUUCUGGGAGAAAAAAAUUCAGGGAGCAGACUUUUUUGGCCACAUUCCUCCUAGCCCUAACAAACGUGGGCUUUUUGGAGUAUUCUAUGAUAUGGAUCCGCAAGGUGAGCAUUGUGUUCUGAUGUCCGUGAUCAGUGGAGAUGCAGUGGCUGUAAUUCGGGAUAUGCAAGAGCAGCAAGUGGCAGAAUUAUGUAUGAAAGUCCUGCGAGAACUUUUUAAGGAAGAGGAAGUUCCAGAUCCAGUCAGAUACUUUGUUACUCACUGGAGCAAGGACCCUUGGACUCAGAUGGCUUACAGCUUUAUAAAGGCAGGGGGAAGUGGUGAAGCUUAUGAUAUAAUCGCUGAAGAUAUACAAGGAAAAGUGUUUUUUGCUGGUGAGCACAACAUACUGCUGUGAAUCGCUGUACUCUGUAACGCAGUUUGUAAAGUCGAAACCUCGUGCAAUCCUUACAAAUCAACACCUGAUGGAGCCUUUGACACAUCAGCUGGAUUUAAGCUUACGGCCAGGAUGGAGACCUACAAGACCUCUACUAGUAAUUAGCCUGCGUAAAGUUUGUUCACGUCUUGUGGCUCUUGAACAUCUGAAGAUUAUAUGUGGCUCUUAGGUUCAGUAAGUUUGGCCACCCCUGUAAUAGCAGAUUGGUUUGCUUGGAAAGUGUUUUACUGCAUCUAAAUAAAUAAAGUAAAAUCUUUCCUGCAAAUUGAAGUAUGCAAAUCAUAGGUUUAGUCUUAUAAUAAAUGAACAGCUAAACUAAAAAAAGCACAUCUAAAAUGUAGCUUUCAAAAAAUCAAAUCCAAUAUACUGGAAGUUAGUCUGAGUAAAGCAGAUGCCAGUACCCGGAAAGACAAUUACAUCUAACAAUAUCUCAUCAGAUGCUGAUGAUCUGCUUUGCAGUAUUGCUUUCAGCUUUUUAAAGUAACAUUUUUGAAAUGUUUAUUUUUAUUCAGAAGUGAGCCUAGAA